AUGAGUGAAGAUCAAUCUGAAACAAAUAGAAUGUCUGUAAAACAAUUAGCAGGAAAGUUUUAAUCAAUGAUUAAAACAACAACUCCUUAAUAAUAAUAACCUCCUCCUUAGAGAAAAAGUGAAGUUUUUACUAGAAGUUCAUUAUCAAGAGAAGAAACUAAUAAAAUAUAAUAAUUAGUCGGUCAGGUUCAAUAAGAAAUUAAAUAAGAGUAAUAAACAACUUAACUUUUGACUUAAUAGAAAGAUGAAAUUAAUGUUCAAACAAUAUAAACUAAUUAAACAGAUAAUUAUGUAGUUUAAUCAUAAUUUCAGUAAUCAUAUUAAGUUUAACUAUAAAAAAAUUAAAUAAUUGAAUAAGAUGAAGGGUAAUUAUUAUUUUUAAUAAUCAAGGAGCUCCAAAUUUUAAAAUAAUAAAUUUCGAUUUGAAAAAGAAGAAUUAAAAAAUUAAAUAGAGUAUGUUAUUACUAUUAAUUAGAAAGUUGAAAGCAAGAAUUUAAAGAUAUGAAAAUGAUGAAAAAUAGUACAUGCAUAUUGAAGCUAGAAAAUAAGAAUUAGAAUAAAAUUUAUAAUUAAAAUAAUCAGAAUGUUUGCAAUUAUAAUAAAAGUAAUUCAAAAUUAAAUAAAAUAGAUUAGGAACAGCAGAGGAAGAAUUUAGAAAAAAAUAACAAGUCAUUUUAGAUGAAUUACAAAAAACAAUUGAAUCAAUAACCAAAGAAAAUUCAUCUAAAGAUUUAAAAAUUUAAGAUCUUUAAGAUAAUCUUGUGAUGUUAUCAGAAUAAAUUAAAGAAAAAGAAUUAAAAAUAAGAGAAGUUUAAGAAACAGAAUAAAAAGAAAUUAGUGAUAUUGCAAAAGAAAGAAUUAAAUUAAUUGGUGAGCUUCACAAAUCUUAAGUUGAAUUACAAGAAUUAUAAAAAACAAAUGCAUAAUAAUUUUCAUAGAUUUAAUAGUUAACUAAUAAAGCAACUCAGGUCUAAAAUUUAUCAAAAUUAGAAAUCGAUAAAUUAAAAGAGUUAAAUUAAGAAUAAUAAGAUAAACUAUAUGAAAACCAAACUAACAUAGAUCUUUUGAAUAAAAAAAUAAAUGAAUUGACUGAGUUAAAUGAUUAAUUAAAUUAAUAAUGUGAGCAAUUACUCAAAAAUAAAGCAUUAUUAGAAAAGGAAUUAGCAUAAAGCAAAAGAGAUGUUGAAAUAUAACUUAAAUAGAAUUAAGAAUUUAUUCAUGAACUUUAAAGUUAAAUUUAAAAUUUAAAAGAUUAACAUUUAUAAUUAGAAUCUAAAUAUUCAAAUGAAUAAUUCUAACUGAAUGAAUAAUUGAAAAAUUUUUAAGAAUAAAUAUAAUUGAUUUCAAAUUCUAAUCAUGAAUUACAAUAUAAUAAUUAAGUUUUAAAUAAAGAGUAUACAGAUUAUAAAAGUGAAAGAGAUUAAGAAAAAGAUUAGUUAAACUAAUUUAUCAAUUAAUUAAAAAAUGAUUUAGAUGAAGCUAAAUAAUAAUUUAAUCUUAGUUAAUAAGAAAUAGAAUAAAAAUAUAGUGAAUAAAUUUAAAAUCUAAAUUUAACUAUUACCUAAAUGGAGGAUUAACAAUAAUCAUUUUUAAAAAAAGCGAAUGAAGAAAAAUUAUAGUUGUAAAAAAUUAUUACAACCUAAUAACAAGAAUUAUCUUUAGAGAGAGAUUUAAGUAAAUAAACAGAAUUAAAAUUCACAAAUGAAAUUAAUUAACUAAAGGAUGAUUUAUUGUAAAAAUAAAUCAUAAAUUAAUAAUUGAAUGAUAAAGUAUAUAUCUUAUAGGAACACUCCAAAUCAUAAGAAACAAAUAUCACAAAGAAUAUUGAUGACUAUAAAAUAUUAUUAGAUUAAAAUAAUUAGUAGAUUACUUAAUUAUCAGAAUAAAUUAGAUAAUUAAAAAAAUAGUAAAAGUAAUAAGAAUAAGAUUCAAGAGCUACAAUAUCUUAGUAUGAGUUGUAAAUGAAACAAUAUUUAUAAGAAUUAACUUAAACAAAAAUGCAAAAAAAUGAUGCUGAAAGUGAAAAAUAAUGUAAAGAAGCUUAAUUAAAUUAGAUGAUAGAAAAAUAAAAAUCAUAGCUAUAAUAAGCAAAUACUACAAUCUAAGAUUUAAAUUAUUAAAUUUAAUAGUUAUAGUAAAAUAUUAAAGAUUAGGAUGAUCAACGUCUUAGUAUAAUGUCUUCUAAACAAUCAGCAAUUUUUGAAAGAGAAAAUUAGAUAACAAAUUUGGAUAGUUAAGUAUAGAAAUAUUAAAAUGAAAUACAAUCAAAAUAAGAAGUCAUCUCAGAGUUAUAAAGAUUAUUAGAUAAAUAAAAAUAAGAGGUAACUUCCCUUAUCUUAGAAAGAGAAAGAACAUAGAAAAAUAGUAGUCAAUAGAUGUAUGAAUUAUAAAUACAAAUAAAAGAUUUAAAUUAAGAAAUAAAUCUUUUAAAGAAUUCAAUGGUUUAAGUUGAAAAUGAAAAAAAUAUAAACAAAGAAGAAUACAAUUAAGCUACUGAAUAAUUAAAGGAAUAGAUUAAUCGAUAAAGUAGUAUGAUAACAGAGCUUCAAGAAUUUCUUAAAGAUAGCAAUUAAAAAGAAUUAAUUAGCACCUAAAAAGCCACAUAAUAAAGUCUAGAAAUUAAUUAGUUAUAAUUAGAAUAAGCAAAAUUAAAAAAUGAACUUACACUUUAAUUACAGAAUUAUUAAUCUCUUAAUGAUGAAUUAUAAUUAAAGUAUCUUUAAUAGAAAUAAAAGGAUUAAGAUGAAAACAAUAAGUUUAUUUUGAAAUAUGAACAAAAUAUAUCAAAGCUUGAAUAAGAGUUAGAACAAUUGAAAAAUGAAAACUUUAAAUUAAUUGAAACAGUUGAUUAAUUAAAUUUAAAAAUUAAAGAAUUAAAAGAUGAAAGUUAAAGUCAAAAUAAUUAAGUUUAAUAAGCAAACACUCUUUAUUAGUAAAUGCAAAAUGUAAUAAAUUCUUAAUCUCACAGAAUAUAAGAAUUAGAAUUAUAAAAUGAUAACUAUAAAACUUAAAUUGACUAAUUAAAUUAAACAAUGAUAGGAUAAUUAGAAAUGAUUUAACUUUAGAAAAAAAAUAUAUAAGAGUUUUAAAGUAAAUAACAUGAACUUUUAAUUGAAAACUAAGAAAUUCAAGUAAAAUUAGAAAAUUAAUUAUUAAAAGAAAAUUCUUAUUUUAAGUAAAUUGAAGAGUUUAAAAUUUCUUUUGAACAAUUAGAAUAAGCAAACCUUCAAUAAAAUGAUGAAAUUUAGAAGUUGUAAAGUUAAUUAGAUAUAGAAAUUAAAAAAAGAGAAAACAUUGAGUAAGAAUAUAAAUUAGUAAAUGAAGAAUUUAAUGAUUACAAAGAAUAAACAGAAAAAUCUAUUAAUGAAUUAUAAAAUACACUUAUUAGUUGUAAAAAUGAAUCAAAAUAGCAUAUAAAUAAUACUUUACAAUAACAAAAAUAAAAAUCAGAGCUAGAAUAAAAAUUAACAAAGUUAUAAUAACAAUUGUAAAUUGAAAAAUCUUAGUUUGAAAGUGACCUUCAUUAAAUGUAAGAGAAUUUCAAUUAACAAACAAAAGAUUUAUAAUAAUUGUUAAAUCAAAAGUUAGAAGAAAUUUAAAAAUAGUAAUAAUAAUUAAAAAAAUAAGAAAAAAUUGAAAAUAAGAUUUUUGAAUUAGCUACUUAAAAGGAUUAAUUUAUAAAAUAAAUAGAAAUUUUAGAAUAAAAACUGAAAGAAUAAAUUUCAGAAAAUUAGUAACUUAAUCAAAUAAAAGAAUCAUUUAAGAAGUAAAUGGAUAAUAUUUCAGCCGAAUUUGCUUAUAUAGAAAAUCAUAAACAAAAACUUGAGUAAGAGAUAAAACAUUUAACACAUUAAAACUAAUAAUAUUUAAAUUAAAUCUAAAAAUAUUAAGACUAUAUUUAAUAAUAAUAAAAAGACUUGGAAAAGAAUUAGUUGCAAAAUAGAACUGCAGUUUUAAAUGAUAGUUAAGGUUUAAUAUUAGAAAAGGAAUUAAAAGGUUUGCAAUUAAAGGUAAUUGUUUAUUAAUUGGCAAUAGUUAGUAUAAAAAUUAAAUUUUUAUAGACAUUUAAUUUAAGAUAAAAAAACUACUGAUUUAAAGCAAACAGUGAAUGAAGAUUUAAUAUCAAUUAAGAAAGAUUAUAUAAUUUCCUUUGAAAAAGUUGGAGUUGUAAUUAGGGGAAUAGAUGAAUUAGAAAAAAUAUCAGGACCAUAGAAUGCGUAUGAAAUUAUAUUAAUUUAGAAAUGAUUUAAAUAAGUUAAAUACAGAUUUAAGAGAUUUUAUUUCAAAAUUUGCAAAUACAGUAAUGAAGAGUAUAAAAUGA